AUGUCUGUCACAUUUCAGGCUGCAAUAGCCAAUUUGAAGUUGAAGGGUUUGUCGUGGAAUCGUUUGGCCGCUUGUGCUUCAGUGCUGUUGGGAACAGGUCGCAUGGCGUUCUUCACUUACUUCCUGCUCUAUUUUCUGAUUUUUGGUGCAGCUAGUGACAAUAUGUAUCUUCUUUCCAAGUACAAUUUUGUAAAUAGUGUGUCGUUGAUUGCAUUCCUCAUCACACCGCUUGUUCAGAUUUUGAUCGGGCCCUCGCAAUAUCUCGCAAUCGUUGGGGAUGUCAUGUGCCAAUGCUGUCCUCACAGUGAUGGGCUCCCCACUGAAUGCUUUGCUGCUCGGCAUGCUGCGUUUGAAAGGGUGGUGCAGGCUGAUGCCUUUGCAAGACUUGGGAGCUAUGGCCAAGCAGCGAAACGAAUUGCUGUUCACGGGAUGAUCAACCCCCCCAAGAGAUGCAUCGUCUCCUUUCCUGGGAAGUACUGGGCGGAAUGGGACUGCUGUAUCUGCAGCAGAUGA